UGGGCUUUUUUUAACGCGUUUAUGCCCAACCAGCCACUCGGUAAGAGAGUAUAUAUCGAUUAUACGAUUGAUAUCGAAUCAGAGAAGGACCUUGGAAUACACCACAUUCCCUAGUACCGCAGCUACUCGCAAUACCAAUCAAUAGCCAUACCAAUACAAGUGAUGCAAAUGACACGAUGGAUUCCAUUGUUUCCAUCCUCUCCCUUACCAUUCGCCAACCUUGGGGGCCGAGAAAGCCUCAUACGAUCAUACCAUCGUUGAUACUAGAUAGACGCCCCGUCACCGCCCCGGAGAUCUCUUCUUCUCCAUACAUACCAAGGGCUUUCCUUGUCCCAUCUUCCACCCACUCUCCGAACUCCCCAUACUUUUUAUGCCAUUCGAAUUUCUAUCUGCUUUUUUUUUGGCGCUUGCCACGCUUGAGAUCGGUGGUUGGUGUCGGUAUUGGCUCUCUUCCAGGUAUACCUGUUACAUACUCACAAUUUUACUUUAUGCUCUCGUCACACCUUGUUCGAGAUCAAGAAAGGAUAUAAAUUGCCCAAUAAUGCCUAAUGCAGCCACAAAGUAUUCCGUAUACCGAACAGCACAGCGGACAACAUCCCACUGGCUCCGAGGUCUGUCCUUGCCAAUGUUCUCUGGCUGGUCGCAUCGCAUUUCGCGAUAAGAUUUCUAAUGUAGCCUUUGCGGAAAGAGAAUGAGCGACGUCGAUCUUUGAGCACCGAGUAACUUUGUUUUGAAGGAGCAUCCUUACCAGAUUCUUGACAAUGCACUUCUUGGGGGCCAAAAACACCAACCUUCCAUCUGGAAACUGGCUUUCCUGGCAGACGAGAGACGCUCAACGCUUCUCAAAGAUUCAAAGAUUCGAAAAUUCAAGAUUAUUGGGAGCACAAGAAUCCCCCAAUGCAGUUCAGAUCAUUGUUCAUCCUAGGUCAUAGCUUCCUGAUUUCUACCAGGUAUUUUUCUUGAUUGCCCUAUCAGUGCUUGGAGGGUCUCGGAGUUUCUUGAGGGACAUGUCAAAUCUUUACGGUAAAGCUUCGAGUGAGCUUCAGCUGUAUAAACCAUGAAUUUUUGUCUAUAUAACAAUCCAGUUCCCUCCUACCUCUUCUUCCAUUUCCCCCAUCAGAUCAGAUCAAUUGAUAGCAUAAAAGCUUUGUUGUUUCAAAAAUUACAAAACCCUUGGAUCACCUGGCAUACUCACCGCCCCUGUUCCUGGAUCUGGAUAUCCUUGCUGGACCCAUUAAUUAAAUCGUGGACAAUCAAUCUAUCAAUACCAAUUUUGGAGCCAUUUUGCAUUUAAUUGUCAUCCGACAAAGAAGGACCUAUCUCUAAUUUCCAUCUCAUUUCUUUUUCAUAUAGUAUCGUACAAGUAUCAAGUUUCCUCUUGACUCGGGAUUUGGACCUGGAAUUAAAACUUGAUAUCUCAAAAUGAUGGCAUCCAGAAGAAGUAUUCACAUCCAACCGGAAUUUAGUUAUGGACGUACGAUUCCUACGAGUCUUCCGGAUUCGUCGAGAAGGACCACAUAUUCCACCGGCAACCGCGCGAGUUUCGAUGGUGGCUUUUAUCCAAACCCCAGCGCAUCAUAUGCCCCGGAUCUAAGUGGCUCGUCUUACAACCCUAUCACUGCACCCAUGACCUCGAGUCCUCUAGCCCGCCCGGACUCAAUUUAUGGAUCGAAUGCUUACAGCGUUGGUUCAUCAUCAAAUGUAUAUGGAACUGCAGGACCAAGUUAUGGUUCUUACACAAGCCAAGGUCCAAGUUGGGAGCCUCAAGGCAGAGUCUCGCCCGAGACGUAUAUGGACGAUUAUGCGGCAUCUCCCAGCCCAACGGAUUACACGCUAGACUCUGUCAAUCGGUCGUCCGGAAAAGCAAGAAGUGAUGGGAAAGGCCAUUCUCAAAGACGACCAUCUAAUAGGGAUGAAUUUGAUGGACCGCAUCAAUUCUUACAACGACCACCCCCGGAAUACAUUGCCCAGCAGGAGAGAGAUUUGCCGCAUCUUCCCACAAACCUUGUGGUACAGGAACAGGAUAGUGUCCUAAAUAGAGUCAAUGACCGGUUGUCACAGUGUGCUUUUGACUUUGUGGCCAAGUACCAGUUUCCUAUUCCUCUAAGUGACAGCUGUCGACCUGUGGAACGACCCCAAGAUCGUGAAUGGACGGAGUGGGUGUACCUUCUCAAACGUCUCGCAACCAAGAGGCGCAUACCCGCCCGGGUAUUAUAUAAUGGCCAGAUAAAGCAAUUUGUUACCAUCUUGGAAAAUAGCCUGGAAAUGAGACAUGCUGCAAAGCAUCAAUCACGCCCAUUGAAGGAUGAUAGGAAUAUCCUCCAGCUAAUUUCAGCCGGGAUUCAGGUAGCUAAAAUUUUGAAGGACGCGGAAGCUAUGUCUUACCUAGACCGAUUAUACGUUACGACAGAACAGCAGAUUCAGGAAAGGAGUGCAAGCCGCUUUCGUCCUUGAUUUCAUACCAGAGGGGUUUUGCCUCGGCUAAUGACUUGACGACUUUUAUGUUGUAUGUUACCCACAUUUAGGCGUUGGCUGGCUAUCUUUAGGCAAAAUUUUAGGUGGAUGGACGGAUCCAUUCCUGCUCUGACACAGCCUUGCUAUGAUUAUUACGGGCGUUUUUUGUCUAUUUUUGUAUGUUAUUAUUUUGUGCUUGGAGCCUGAUGGACGGGCGUGCGAUACGGAAUGGAUAUCACGAUAAUAGGAUAAAUGCACCUGACGAAAUAUCACCACGCCCGAGACAUUGAGAACCCGCCAUCCAUGAGCCCCGUGAUGUGGGAAUCUUUCAAAUCGGGAAUCUUCGAUGAUACGCGCUGAAUAAUGGAAAUCUCGGUGGGUUCGCAUCGCAAGGAAACAGAAUAUAGAAUUACUUACUUACUUCGGGCCGUGGCUGAUAUGUUUCUUUGGGGGAGGAUUUAUGAUGAAUGGAAUGGAUCAAUGAAUGAAUGAUAGAUGGAUGGAUGGAACGGAAACUCAUAUUUGGGAGUGGCAGGAAUAUCACAUCACAUCACAUGACAUCACAUCCUUGGAAUUGUAUAUUCGCAUGUACAUGCAUAGUCUAUAAGCACUACACUACGAAAGCAAGCGAAACCGGGCGUUUUUUGGGGGGGUUUUGUGGAAAAAUUUACUCCGAGGGGAUGAGAUGGGGCUUGGUUAGCUAGCUAUCUUGUUGGGUUGUUAUACGUUAUACGUUGUUUGUUGCUUGCUUGCUUGCUUGCUUACUGUAUGUAUUUAUCUAUGCAUGUAUGCAUGUAUGUAUUUAUUGUAUUUAUUGUAUUAUCAUAUUGUUUUCGUGGUAUU